AUGGGGUUGAUUGCCUGGCUUCAAGUUGUACGAGAUUCACAGGCAGCCCAAGCUGCAAACAUGGAUUUCUUAGCAUUGCUAGAUCAAGGACUCAGCUUCGCGAAUGUGGGUUGGUGGCUGGUCUUGAUGUUUAUCGUCGCCUUCCUCGCAACAGCGGUCACACGCCCAACGCGCAGUGGUGUUCGCAAGAUUCGAGCACCUUCCAAGUCCCAAGCACCGGACGAUGUGACCAAGGACUACAUGGAGGUCCAUUUGGAGCGAUUGGAUCGCGGCGAGCCGUGGGGACUUGUUUGGCACGUGCAGGGCUACAAAGCGCAGAGAUUUCUGAUUGCCGGGUUGGAGCCCAAGUCUCCAGCAGGACGCGCACGCUUGCGGGCACAAGGCCGUGGCCUCCGUCGAGGGGAUGAACUCCUGAGUGUCAACGGGAAGUGUCAGUUCCAGUUGAUGUGCCAGGAGCUUGCAAGUGCACAGAAGUUGUCCCUUCAAUUCUUGAAGGCGGAGGUGGUACUUCCCUUGGAGAGCGAGUCGGAGGUUGAGGUGAGCUCUUCCUCAUCUCGAAGUCCUUCCCAAAACCGCACGGAGGAGAUCCUCUGUGAGAAGGAGGCGACGCCUGAGAGCCAAAGCGAAACGGAGCUGGUUUCUCAGAGCUUCACAGUGGAGGUGAGCCAGACUCAGAUGAGCUCCGCCAGUGGCUCCGGCUCCGCAUCCGGCUCCGCAUCGCGUGGGCGCGAUGCGGCAAUCAAGCGGGCGGAUGGUUUGUCCAAGGAGAGGAGGAAGCUGCGAAAGGGGGAAGCCUUUCAUUUCUCGAACAGUGCCUCGGGCUCAGGAUCAGGCUCAGAGCAAGCCUCCGGCGCGAGUAAGUGCCCAUCCACCGAUUGGGAAUACAUGAUGGACAACAGGCCAGGCAGUUUGAUGCACACUGAGCUUCCAAGCAGGAUAGAUGCCAGGCACCUACCGCAGCAGCCCUCCAACAAUGUGGUGAUAGUUGCUGGUUCACAAGCGAUUGCCUUGCAGACGGCCAGUGCCUUCGGGACAGUCGUCGGUGGAGGAGUGUUUCCCAUGCAGGUUCGGGGCCGACAGCUGCCAAUCCUGCCAUCUUCCCAAAUGGCAGCGGCUCCAAUGAUUGAGACAUGCUACGAGCCCGGCUUAGAUCCACCGUUUCCUCCAGUGCCUGAGCCAGCGCGGCAGACUCGCCGCCAGGCCUCCAAAGACUCGUCUGGGAGCUCUGAGGCUCCGCUUCGAGCGGGCAGUGCUCCACCGGGUGGAUGCUCCAUCGAGGCUCCGAGCCCGCCGCCCCAAGCAGUUUCGCUCCGCCCGAAGCGCACCUACCGCUCAGGCAAGAAGGUCCGUGCCAAGCGCACGCGCGCAGCCAUUAGGGCCAUGGCCACCGGGGAGCUGCCCCAAGCCAAAGAGCCGUCCACAAGCACGGUGCCCGAACCAAUGCCUGCCGUACCGGAGGCCAAACCCAGAGCCGCGCGCUCAGGCAGCGCACCACCUACGGCUCAUCGAGGAGUACCCAACCCAGAGCCGGAGGAGGCACGUUUGUUCAACAAGCCAAGAAGACGCGCAGGCAAGAAAGUGCGUCAACGUAUGGAACAUGCCAUCGCUCGCCGCCGCGAGCAAGCACUGAUGGCCGAAGCUGCUGAGAGUUGCAGGAUGGUCUCCGACGAUGAAGCGCCCCACGUCGCACCGCGUCCCACGGGCGCCGCGCCGUCGGCGGCGCGCGCGGCGGUGACGCGGUCGGUGAUGGCGCGCGCCGCGAAGCGCGCCGACUCGCCGGUGUCCACGGUGUCCACCGCCAUCUCCACGGCGGCGGCGACCGUGUCCGCGGCAGCCAGUAGCAGCACCGCCGGCACGUCCGAAGGACAAGGAGUGAUGCCAAGGCGCAGCUUCUACGUCCGCCGCCCGCUACCUACAAUGGCCGAAGGGGCACCUGAGACAGCCAAGCGACGGGGAGAUGGUUUCAUCGUGAAAGGAGAGAUGCCCAGCGAGGUUGGGCAGGCCGUCUUCCGAAAGGCCUGGCAGCCAUCCUUACGAACUUUCAUCCAGAAGUGCUCACCCCGGGAAAGAAGCGCGGCUCAUGGAUUUGUACCAUACUUUGAACUAGAGGAUCCUCCAGUUUGCUUCAGUUUUCCCAUGCCCUUGACGGAUAUGAUCCACCUGGUGCAGCAGGUGAACCACCGCACGCAUCCGAAGGCCCUGGAAUCUGACCUGGGCAGGAAAGCCUUUGGCUUUGGACGCGAGGACUUGGAUGGUGGGGCGAGCUACUACGAGGGCGAGUUCAAGCUCUUCUUGAGAAGUGGUCAUGGAACACUCGAAAACACCGAGACCGGGCACAAGUAUGUGGGAGAGUUUAUCGCGGACAAACGCGAUGGCAAGGGCAAGCAGAUGUGGCCGGAUGGAAGCCAAUACGAUGGCGAGUGGCAGAAGGGACGGAAGCAUGGAUAUGGCACCUACAUCGGCACCACCAACCUGAAAUAUGAAGGAGAGUGGCAUGAUGGGAGUCGUCAUGGGAGAGGAGUCCAGGAGUACGCCAAUGGCGACAAGUACGAUGGAUGGUGGUACAACGGUCAGUGCAGCGGCUUGGGCAUCUACUACUUCGCGGAUGGCUCUCAGUACCAGGGCGCCUGGAACCACGGGAAGUAUGAUGGAGCUGGAAUCCUCUACUCGGCCAAUGGGGACAGAGAGCGGCUCACCUACUUCGAAGGCCGUUUGAUGAAGCGAGAGGUCUUGCCUCCCUCGCCGCCGCCGGCCGUGAGCAACAAGAGUCGGCCGGGGAUCUUCUGCGAUCCGCUGCUCUCGCAAGACCGUCUCUUCGCCGUGCAGCCCACGGUGCUGCCGAGCAACGCAGGAGACGGCCAGUUGCUCAUCAAGCGCGACUGCGACAACUAUGACCUUUCUGCACCUCCCUUGCGGAUGAAACCCAGACAGCCACACCGAGAGCUUGAUGACCUACUGGGUGAUUCCAUUGAGACGAUCACCGGUGGAGAUACCAUCGAGACGGUCACUGGUGGGGACACUUUGAGCAGUGCGCUCACAGCGGGUCCAUCCACCGACGAGUCGACCUUUGUGACUGAACCCUGA